UGGAAAAAGAAAACAACGUGCUUUUAAAACAUUUUGCUGUUUCGAGAUUUAUAACAUUUUUGACAACAAUUUCCCUUUAACAUGAACAGCAUGCGUCAACAUCAAUGAGUGAAUAAUGGGGGAAUUCCGAGUUCAUCAUGUCCGAUUUUUUGAGUACCAACCAAAGGCAAUCCAUUGUAUUUCCUAUAACAAGGAUGCAGAGAAGCUUGCAGUAUCUAGGUCUGAUGGUACACUAGAGCUGUGGAGUUCUAGAGAUCACUGGUUUCAGGAGAAGGUGAUACCAGGGGUAGAAGGAAAGUCUGUAGAAGCACUCUGCUGGCAGGGUGAGCGUCUUUUUACAGCUGGACUGGAUGGAUACAUCACAGAGUUUGACCUACUAAGACUUCAACCUAAGGCCAUUGCUACUUCUAAUGCUGGUCCCAUCUGGUGCCUUACUUCAGAUCCUACUGGAAAACUACUGGCAGCAGGGACAGAAGAUGGUUGUGUGGUCAUCUUUGAUACAGAAAAUAACUCACUGGAAUUCAAGCGAUCUUUUGAUAAACAAGAGAGUCGCAUACUUUGUAUAGCCUGGCACUCUGCUGGAGAAACCAUAGUAACAGGGGGCAUUGAUAAUAUUCGGUUAUGGAGUGUGCGGUCAGGCCACGCCUACCAGCGUCUCACUCUGGGACGACAGGAGAAAAACAAAGAAACCAUUGUUUGGUGCCUGGCUAUCACUAGCGAUAUGACGAUUGUGAGUGGAGAUUCCCGAGGGAAAACCUCUUUCUGGAAUGGGGAACAGGGCACCCUGAUAAAAGCCUUCCUCAGUCACAAGGCUGAUGUGUUCUGUCUGUGUGUAGACAACUCAGAGACAUCGGUACUAUCGUCCGGAGUGGACUCAACUGUUGUCCAGUUUGAGUACACCACCACACAGAAGGACAGUGACUGGAAGUUGUGGGUCAAGUCCUCAGCACACUUCAGACAUACCCAUGAUGUGCGUAGUCUUGCCCUCGCCAACAAUCACAUUGUAUCAGGAGGUGUGGAUACCAACCUCAUAGUGUACAGAUUACACUUCGGAAAGAAAAAAAUCUGGCGCAAACUGAAUGCCAUCCCACACAAGUCCAUGGUACAAGUGGCCAAAGAAGCAGAGAUGAUUGUCCUUAAGUACAAUGACUAUCUUGAGGUUUGGAGACUUGGACAUACAAACAAAACAUCACAAAUAGAUGGUGAAGUUUUACCGCUACAGUCCAACCCAUUGAAGCUAGUUCAGUUAAAGAACAAAUCUAGUGAGGCUAUUGUCUGUUUUGCUAUCAGUUCCCAUGGCAACUUGAUAGCUUUCUCAGAUCAGGAUUCCAUACGAGCCUACAGACUGGUCAUAGAAAAUAAAGAACUGAUUAAUCCUAGUGUGUCAAUACAGAAGCUCAAGAUGUGGGCAUCGGAUGAUUCCCAAAUACCGCUUCCUGCCCAUCAUAUGGUGGUGUCCACCGAUGGAGGUACCAUUGUCACAGCUACAGUCUGUGGGAAUGUCCAGAUACUCUGUGUGGAAAACGGUCUUGUCAAAACCGAUCACACCUUCCACAAAUCCAAAGACCAAGUUGACAGCAUCACCAUGAUGUGUCUAUGUCCAGCUGAUCACCUGGUUGCUGUUGGUGAUAGUGGGAGAAAUGUUACAAUUUAUGAUAUCAUUGAAAAACAGGUUUUGUGCCAGCUGCCACAAUACAGUUGCCAAGUAACGGCCAUGGCCUUCACCUUAUCUGGUCAGGAGCUGUUGACUGUGUAUGCUGACCAAAUGGUGUAUGAAUUUGACGUAGCAGAGCGAGAAUAUUCUGAAUGGAGCAAAACUAACUCCACCAAGUUUCCUUACCAUUGGAAGAAGCGACACAGUAAAAUCAAUCAUAUAUUUUUUCAAUCUCAAUAUCCACACAAAAUCUUCCUCCAUGAUGAGCAGACACUGUAUGUCCUAGACAAAACCAAGCCAUUUCCCAUUGAAGAGUCCAAAAUGUGGAAGAAAGGGUCAGGAAAACAGGACAGUGACAAAAAGGCAGUGGAUAGAGAGGACACUGAUGAGAGCAGCCAUCCACUCAGUAUAUGUAAAAAAUACAAGUUUAUCUUACACAUGGAUGCCCUCAGUGAUGACUGGCUCAUUACUGUGGAACGACCACCUGCUGCAAUCAAUGACAACCUGCCAUCUACUCUCAAAGUGAAAAAAUUUGGAACAUGAAAUUCAGCUACUGUUACAGUGCUGAUCAGGACUUUUAUCAUACAUGUGUACUUGUCAUCUUACCAUGCAGUAAUUUCUCUUUAGAAAUUACUUAUGAAGGUCAUUUGCAAGAUUUUUUAACAUUGCUAUCUGAUGACAGAAUACAUUUUGAGAAAUCUUGAGCAUCACAAUUGAACUUAACUUCUUUUUCUUUAGAUUUUAUGUUUACGCAUUCAAGUUACAGAAUUUUAAAGAAGUGUUUUUUUGGUCCUUUGUUAUAUGAUUUCCACCAUAAACUUGUGUACAAUAUGAUACACUGUACCUUUAGCUAUGUAAAGCUGGGACAAACUACAUAUUUUCUGGACAGUUAAGGAAUUAUCUGCAACAUGUCUCUUCAGCAAUCAUAGCAAAAAAUAAAAUUUGAAUUUAUA